UGCCUUGGUGACCAGCGAAAGGCUUCUGCAGCUGACCAUGACCUCACUUUUGUGGAACUUUUGUAUUGAUGGAUUUCACACUCACAGGGGGAAUCGACUAACGUCAUAAUAUCCUACUCGUUCUGCACGAAUGUACUAUAGGCGUCUCGUCUCGAGUCCUGCUGCGUGCAUUGCACAGAUACAGGCAAUACUCACUGUUCAUUCACUCUGGAUACACGUCCACCUAAAAAAUACCGGCAGAUCACUUGUGAAACUUUCGACCUACACUGCACGACUGUUUUAGGAUAAAAUGGAGCCUCCACCAGCCUACGACCACACAAAGCAGCCGGCCUACCCGCCUCCCCAAUCCUACCAACAGCAGGGAUAUGCUCCCCAGCCACAGCCGCAGCCGAUGCAGCAGCCGAUGCAGCAGCCGACCGUGGUCCAAGUCACUGUGCCAGCCCAGACCACUUCCCAUAUAGUAACCGUGGGUAACUGUCCCGUCUGCCACAUCGGCAACAUGAGGGAGGAGUUCUCGGCAGUCGGCAUCGUACUGGCCGUCCUCUUCUUCCCGCUCGGUGUGAUCUGCUGCCUUAUGAUGACCGAGAAGGUCUGCCCUCACUGCGGGGCGCGCUUCGGCGCGUAAACAGGUGCACCGGUACAGCCAAGAACGGGAGACACAGUGGAAAAACCUCAAGAUUUUUAUGUCUGUCACGGCAAUUAAGGUUUAUAAAAGUUUAUAGGCCAACAUAGCUUUCCCUAGGCCUACUCCUUUAAAAUUAGCAGCAUCAGCCUAGCAGCAACAACAACAGCAACAACAACAACAACAACUUUCAGUACGAAAUAUUUCAUGUGUGAAUAAAUUUGGAUACUAAUUUUCGGUCACUGUUUCUUAAUGCUUUGGUUAUAUAUGAAGUGAGCUAAUGUUGGUCACUAUGGUCUUUGCUGUUACAAGGUACAUACGAAAUAUCAGUUUACAAAAUACACGAUACUAGGCCUAAAAUAUGCAGUAGCUAGUUGUAAGUAUACAAGUUUAUAUAUUAUUGAGAGACCGACAAAAAAAGAAGCCUAUAUACGGAUGAUUUCACAUUCAGAAAGGGCCCUCAACAAGUUCACGGAAACACACAAAGGACCAAGCAAAAACGGCUAGUUCCCAACAGCAGAACCACAUUAGGCAUACAUCGUCUUACACACCACAAGCCUAUGAAACGAAUUUAGUGGGGGGAGCAUUACUCAUGCGACACUGUCUUUGUUGAAAUAUCGAGCUAUACACGAUCUUUCUAGGCUGUAAUUUGAGGACGCUACUGUCCCCUUUUCACACAGAAAAAAAAUAAUUGUGAAAUUGUUCUUUUUCUAGCCAUACAAAAAGUUAGUCACUUUUGAAUGGGACAUCAAACGAAAAGAUCGGCCCAAGUUUUGUAAUGAAACAGUUAAUUAUUUCGAGAAAAAUUGAAAAAUCAACAUGUCAAGGAGCAGGGUUCGUUUUUUCUUUUUCUUUUCUUUUUAAUAUAUUUCAGGCUUUUUACGGUCCCUUUAUCACAUUUCACGCAUGUAUAAAAGCUGUGUUGUUUCAUGCUUCUUAAUUGUAUCUGUAAUAAGCACCGCUCUGAAAGAUAAAGCUUAAGGUUUUGAAAUAUAUAUGUUCCCAUAAAACAUUUUGUUAUUUCCAAACGACAUAUUUCACAAAACUUAUUCUUGUUGUACUGAAAAAAAACACACGGAUUUGCAGGAGCGCCGUAAGACUCCAUCUUUUUUAUAUCUUUGUUUUUAUUUAAGAAUUAGCUGCGAUUUAAAUAAAGGCAUAUAGGAUCUUAUGCAUUUAUCCAAAAAGUAACCUACCGAAUUACCAUCAAAAGGCUCAGUUGGAUUAAAAGAUCGUACUGAUACUAAACAGACUGUGAAAUUAUUCCGUCAGCAUGGCUUGCUGUCAUUUAGGAGAAAUCAAGAAAUGUAGUUAAUUUCCUGCAACGAUCAGUCACUUGGCUGGGUUUUUUUUAUAGUAAAAGUGUGCCAUCGACGAACUCGUUUUUUGUGAUGAAAGGCUGUGCCAUUUUUUCACUGUUUUCUCGAAAAAUAAAAUAUCCACUGAGCUGAAACUUAUAGUUCAGGUUUUGAACAUUCUUCUUGUAUUUUAUGUGUUACUAUUUGAAACGAAAUGCAUGAAAACCAAACGAUCCUAUAUGCCUUUAACAAAAUACAAUAACAACCUCAAGUUUAACAAGAGGGUGCCAUUUUGUUUUCACAUAAACUUGUUUUACAGAACUCAAUGAUUUGAAAUAAAACGGUACUUUACUAGAAAUAAAAUGGUUACUUUACUAGAAAUAAAACAGUUACUUUUACUAGAAAUAAAACGGUUACUUUACGGUUAUAUUUUUAUAGCCCUUUUUUCUUAAGCUUUGGAUACAUUUUGUAUUAUUGACAAAAGGCAUUAAGGACUGCAGUAAUUAUCCAUUAAAGGUAUCGAACAUGUAAACGCUUUCAUGUUUUGUGGCUUGAACAUAGUAUGCUUUUAGGUUAUAUAUAAAAAAACAAAUUCAAAUGCUUUAUAUAAAAACGUUUUGGUUCAAUAUACAAUGAAGUACCAUUUAAUAGAAAACUGAUUAGAUGCUUUUAUGUCAUAGAUGUACGUCGGAAAGAUUCCAGUUCUGGGAAGGAUUUGAAAUAGCAAUGCAUUAAAACAAGUUACAGCAAAAGAACGAAAUUCGGUAUUCGAUAAAAACACUUUAUCACAAAUAAUAAAUGCAAACUUUAGCUGGUGCACUUUACUGCAGGUACAUAUGAUCAUUUGCUUUUUGUGCAGUUUUUUCUCUUCUUUUGAAGCAACAAAAUUGCUCGACAUAUUAAUUAGUGUCAUGCAUAACAACUAACUUGUUGAAGUUUCAGCUCAUUGGAUACUAUACAUUUUGAGAAAACAGAGAAAACGCAAGCACACUUUGUGAGGUCUUGUAACUGGAUUCCGUUGCUAUUAACGCAUGCAACAAAGAUCUGUGCCCUAGGCGCACUGUCUCAAACCACCUUCAAUCAUUGUUUUCUUUCGAAGGAUGCCAUAUCAGGCGGAGUAAUUUCACAGGAUACCUGGUGCCGGUCCUAUCGUCACUUUGAGUGAGCAUUUGCUUCGUUGAAUUGUAUCGUACGCUUCCGGGUAACUGCAAAUCUUCCUACGUGCCUCUAAAAUUAAGGGCUAAAAAAUGUCAAAUUAUGUAACACAUUGUAUUUGUGUACACGUUAUUAUUUGCCCUUUUUAUAUUUUUUCAAUUUUGUACACAGAAUUUAAAGGAGUUAUAUUUACUUUUUCAAUAAAACAUGCAAGUACCCAAA